AUGGCAGAACUGUUUACACUAUUUGUUGCCAUCACUGGUCAGGCAAUAGUCACUGCUAUUAUAGUGAAUGGACAGUCAGAUACUAACGAAACAGGAAUAUUAUCAGAUCUAUGGAGUAGUUUGACAUCAGUGGGCAAAGCGCCCGCCUGUCCGGGAGAGUGUGUCCACGCAAUCACUUCCAUAUUCUGUGAUAAUGUUCUCGAAGAGGUCACGUGUGGCGCAAACUUCUUGCGGUGUUGUGUUCCUCACGAGUUCUCAUUUGGUACACCCGUUGAAACUUCUGCACCAAUUGGUGACAAUAGUAAUGUUGCUAUCAGUUCACAAACAGAACAAAUUAAACCACAGACAACACCGUUGACAACAACUACUACGACAACCACUACUCCUAAGCCAACUGAAUCUCAAGCAAUAACUUCACAUCCAUUAGUAAUUAAAGUUUACAGUCCUAAGCCUUUUAUACCACCUUUAGUUUUUGGAUCUAUUAAUGUUAAUAAACAUAAUCUUUCGGUUUUGUCUCCAACUAUUACAACAAGUACUACAACAACCACAACAACGACUACAAAACCACUUCCCAUUAGUGGCCAAUUUGGUGAUAUUGUGGCGGAAUCACAGUCAAGUCAAAGCUCUGUCAACACAAUGGAUCAGUUAUGUCCCGGGGUUUGCAUCAAAACACGUUAUAUUCGUUUUUGUGGAAAUAUAUUAAGUAACGGCAAGUGUCCCGAUGAAGAUCAUCAGUGCUGUCUUCAAUCGGAAGUUGAUUUUGAUAAUUCAUCAAAUGUUGUAACACUUGUACAACAAAGUGAUGUCUUAAAUAACACAAAAAACAUUAUAAAAAUAGAUGAAGUCAUUGAAGCAACAAAUAGUAGUAAAGAUAGUAUUGCUAUCACUUCUUCUACUUCUUCUACAUCUACAACAACAACAACACCGAUGCCAUUAUGUGAGGGCACGUGUGUGGCCCCUCUCUUCAGUCUUCUUUGUGAUGAAACAGAUUAUAGUCUUUACUGUCCAAAUGGUGGCAGUUGUUGCAUAAACAAAGAGCCGACAACUGAAGCACCUCCUAUAAAGCCGUGUCCCGGUAAAUGUAUGCCAACUAUAUUGAGCGGAAUGUGCAACAGACCAUCGGAACUAAUACUUAAGACACUUGACUGUAAUUCUGGUACAAUAUGUUGUUAUAAUUCAUAUGAAACUGACGACAAAACAGUUGUGAAUCCCGAAGAAGAUUAUGGAGAGAAACCUAAUAUUCCAAUUCACUCAUCAAAUACUAAUCAAAAUAUUCCUCAAAAUUUUAAUCCUUUAUUAUUUUCAUCAGUUCCCGAAAAUAUUUUACCUCCUUUUUAUGGUCAAGAGUCACAAUCUAUUGUACCACAAUCACCACCAUCUCAUUUAAGACCACCAUUAGGUCAUAUAUCACCCCCACAACAUCCAAUCACACAUUCAGGUUCAAUGAUACCUCAUAUUAAUCCUUUGCCCACAAACAUACAACAUAUGCAACAUUUGGGUCCUAAAAACGAAAUACCUAUUAUUACUUCACUUUCUCCAUCUUCACCGAUACCAGAGCCUGAAAUACAAGCGGUAGACAAUAGUUCGUCUGAUAGUAAAUCAAUAUUGGUUGGGGGACCACCUUUUUGUCCCGGUCCUUGUAUUGCACCUAUGUUUAAAUUUACAUGUUUUGGUGGAAAUGCAAUUUAUCCCAAAUUUCAAUGUUCAAAAACGGGACAAAUAUGUUGUGCAGCAAUGACUGAUAUCCAAACAUUUGAAGCAAAUGUAUUGGCAAAUAAUGGUGUUUGGAUGACCAGCAAUAAUCAAAAUAAAACCACUAAUUAUGACGACUCUCCUAUAAAACCUCCACCUCCUCGACGACCUAAUCCUUAUAUGUGUGGCAUCAAAGGCACACAACGGAAAGAAACCCCUCGAGUUGUUGGCGGAAGUGAUUCAUAUCCGGGAGAGUGGUGUUGGCAGACCGCUUUAAUUAAUUCACAAAAUCAAUACCUAUGCGGCGGUACAUUAAUAUCUGCUCAAUGGGUACUCAGUGCUGCUCAUUGUAUUACUAAUUUAGUGAGAAAUGGUGAGACUAUCUAUGUUAGAGUUGGAGAUCAUGACCUAACCAGUCAAGUGGGCAGUAGAGGAGCACAAACUCAAAAAGUCAGCACUACUUAUAUACAUCACAAUCAUAACGGACAGACAUUGGAUAAUGACAUAGCGUUACUAAAACUUGAAUCUCCGGUUGAAUUUAAUGAAAAUGUAUGUUUGGUUUGUUUGCCCGCCCGGGGCUCCAAACGAAAACCUGGAAAGAGAUGUACUGUAACUGGUUAUGGAUAUAAAGAUGAAACCGGUCCAAUUGCAUUGAGAAUACGUGAAGCCGAAGUGCCCAUUGUUGACGACCAGGAGUGUACAGUUAGAGUCAAUUCUGUUACCGAAAAAUUAUUUAUAUUACCGGCCAGUAGUUUCUGUGCGGGCGGUGAUGAGGGCAACGAUGCCUGUCAGGGAGAUGGAGGGUCAGGUCUCGUAUGUGAAGUUGACAACUAUUAUGAACUAACUGGUCUCGUUUCAUGGGGUUUUGGAUGCGGUAGGAGUGGUGUUCCUGGAGUUUAUGUUAAGGUUUCGGCAUUUGUUGGUUGGAUUAAUCAAAUAAUUAGUGUCAACAAUCAAUAG